AUGUCGAGACAACCCGAGCACCCCGCCCUCAUGAUCCCGGGGCCCAUCGAAUUCGAUGAUGCCGUCCUUCAGUCCAUGAGCCACUACAGCGAAAGCCAUGUCGGCCCCGGUUUUGUCGCCACCUUUGGCGAAACCCUCACCAUGCUGAGGAAGCUCUUCCAGACCACCGACCCCGCCUCGCAGCCCUACGUCAUCUCCGGCUCUGGCACCCUGGGUUGGGAUAUCGUCGCCGCGAACCUGGUCGAGCCCGGCGAAGACGUCCUCGUGCUGACCACCGGCUACUUCAGCGACGGCUUUGCGGACUGCUUCAAGGCCUAUGGCGGUAAUGUCACCCAGCUUCGGGCCCCCGUCGGCGAGCGUCCCCAGCUGCCCGAGAUCGAGAAGGCCUUGAAGGAGAAGAAGUACAAGAUGAUCACCGUCACGCACGUCGACACAUCCACUGGUGUUCUCAGCGAGCUCAAGGACUUGUCGGCUCUGGUCCGCAGGGUCUCGCCCGAAACUCUGCUCGUUGUCGAUGGCGUCUGCAGCGUCGCCUGCGAGGAGAUCCAGUUCGACGAGUGGAAGCUCGAUGGUGUCGUGACGGCCAGCCAGAAGGCCAUUGGCUGCCCCGCCGGCCUGUCCAUCUCCAUGUUCAGCGGCAAGGCCAUCGAGGCGUUCCAGAACCGCAAGACGCCCGUGGCCGCGUACUUUGCCUCCAUGAAGAACUGGACUCACAGUACGCCCGUAGUCAUGCAAAACUACGAGGCCAAGAAGCCCUCGUACUUUGCGACGCCGUCUCCCCAGCUCGUCCACGCGCUGCACACGGCGCUGACGCAGAUCCUCGCCAAGCCCCUCUCGGAGCGCUUCGCCCGCCACCGCGAGGUGUCAGACAGGGUGAAGAAAACGAUCACGGAUCUCGGCCUGAAGCAGGUAGCUGCGAAUCCCGAGGAUCAGGCCCACGGCAUGACGGCCAUCUACCUUCCCGAAGGCAUCAAGCCUACCGACAUUCUGCCUAUCUUGGCGAAGAAGGGCGUCGUCUGGGCCGGAGGCAUCCACAAGGAGAUCGCGCCCAAGUAUGUUCGAUUCGGACACAUGGGUGUCAGCGUGAUGGACCCCUCUCGCCCAGAGGUCGACAAGGCGCUUGAGGCGCUGAAGGAUGGCCUCGUGGAAAAUGGAUACAAGGCAUAG